GUUCCUGGACAUCUGCCAAAAAGAUCUCCAUAGCUCAUCGGAUUCCUCCAGUCUACGAUUCUGUUUGCAAGCACUGACGAGGGCUGAUAUGACACUUGAGGGGGUGGUUGGCCAGCAUCAUGCCUGGCCGCCUUUGUCUCCCCAGUGUUGAUAUAUACACACGGCACCAUGUAGUCAUGAAGGGCUGAGGCAAUCUAGGGGUGGCCCAGGACCAGGUCAGAUAUUCGUCAUCGACGUUGGCCAUGACCGGGAAUCGAACGCGGGUCGCCGAGUCUGUUUAUUUUUGAUUUGUGCGUUUUAUGUCCGACCGCAACACCCCUUAUCUGUUGGCUGUGAAAUUUAUCUCAAGGACCCUGGGACUCGCUCUCUGCAAUGUUGAUGUUUUUGUCUGUUGUUGCUGAGCACACGCACCACGAUCUCCCUCGUAAAAUAGCCAAGAAAAUGACUAAACGGGAUCAGCCUUGUCACAAACUCAAAUCAUAAUAUUUAUACUGGAGGAAUCUGAUGAGCUAUAAAGCUCUUUUCCACAGAUGUCCAGUAGAGGCGGGUAAGAAUCUUAAAACUUACACUCCUAUCAGGCAAAGCUCAGUGAAGGAUUAACGUAUUUUUCAGAAGCGACCGGCCACAAAUGAUAGCGCUACAAAGUGGCUUAUUAAGUGGAAAUUAAUUGCAGUAAAAUUAUCUAAAUAAUCUCCAUGAAUGUUUAUAAAUGUGGAGGGGAAACCCGGAGGACCCGGAGAAAAAAUCCAGGUGACCACAUGCAAACUCCAAAUAUACACUCACGACAACCCUUUGGAAAUACGUGUACAUUUCCAACAGCUGCCAACUGUUGUUGUUGGUUUCUACUUAAUGAAGUGCGUUUUGUCCUCCACAGGCAAUAACUUACAUGGUUCAAAUGUAUUUAAAUGUGGCGCUUAAAAUGCAUGCGUCCAUACUCGGCGAGCUGGCGUGGAGUAGUCUGUGGUUAAGACAACCACUACCAGUUGCAUACCUUCGUGUGUAUAAGCGCAUUUGAAAGCUCUUAGCAGUAAAGUCCGUGACGCAGAACAUUACAAUCUGUAAACCAUACUGUGCUGUGAUGUUGAGGGAUUACUCAAGCCCAUCAUUCAUCAGGGUUGAUAAAGUCAGUACCACUUCAUAGGGUAGUCAACAGUAGAUUUCCUAUGGAUUGACUCGCCUUCCCACCAUAGGAAUGUGGAAUUUCCGCCUCUGACUCAGGGCUGUAAAUGGAAGAUAAGCAUCGUCUCGCAAUGCUCAUAUAAGCAAGACAUCGCUUUGACUCUUUGAGCUGUGCAUGCCUGCACGUCAUUACUGGCUUGUCAGUGUGUGUGACUGUGCAAGGAAGUGAGCGUUGAGUCAACAAUGCGAAUCGGUCAAACCGGGAGACCCAGCUGCGCGAGACAGCACUGUUGGGUAACUUCAGGUGACGUGGAGGCAGACACCAGGAAGCCUCGAGUAUUUAAAACCGAACCAACAGCAUUAUCAGCGCUUUUGUUUAUAUCCAUGGGUAACGUUAACGGCGUACAGCGAAUGAUUGUAGAGCUGUGAAGACGACGACGAGUGGCGACCUCCAGCAGAAGCGCUGCGACUGAAGGGCGCGCCUCGCCCACGUGCGGCACUGCAAGCGAAGUGCGAUCAGGGAGUUCAAUCUUGGUCUCUGCUGUUGUCAGUUCCUGUUCUUGUUGCCACGGCCAGCGACCCCUUUGCAUUGACCAAACCAUCAGCAACAACAAACUACAGCACCAGCAUAACAAUACAGAGGCAGUCGUGACAUUUGGACAACAGUGUCAGAAAGUGUCUUCACACAGGACUUUUGGACGUUUGUCAGGAAGAGGAUGGCGUUCAUGGUGGUGCUAUUGGCUGUAGUCUUAGUGAUUAUGUUGGUGUGCAUGACUAAUCUCAUAAAUGCCAAUGAGGAAAUGAAGGGCAAAGCCUCAAAAAUCCACUCAAUGCUCACAGAGGCCCAUCAGCGUGAGAUAAAAGAGGCUGUAAACACAACCCGUGAAAGCCUCAUACAGGCCCACCAGCGGGAGCUAAAUGCAGAUUUAAGGGCCCGCCAGAGAGAAGAAUUUAAACGCGAGGAGCUGUCGCAUACCCAUAAGCAAGAUAUGACUGAAGUUAUAAAAAAAUCAUGCAAUCAGCUUUCACAAACGCAGCAACUCAAGAUAACCGAAGUCAUAAAGAGAACUCAGGUGGACUUCUCACAGAGCCUCCAACGUGAAACAAAUGAAAUAAUUAAACACGUGAAUGAAGAGCUUUCACGGGUUCAUCAACGCGAGAUGAACGAAGCUUUGAGGAAAAACCAUGAGGAUAUUUUGUUGAAACAUCAGGAACAACUCGCCGUGGUUACAAGGGAACACUCGAAGAAACUAAACCAGCAGGCUCUGAAACUUUCUGCAAGUGUCCAACAAACACUGCAGUUACAGCACAAGAUGAAGGUAAUGGAGACUUCCUCAAAGCUUGUUAUACGCUCAAGGUCACCUCCUCAUCCCACACACAUGCCUGCACAAUAUUUUUGGAAACCUCAGCUGGAGUCAUUUACAGUUUCUCCAAUUGGCAUGGCACCCUCAUUGUCCUCUCUACUCUUUGAUCACUUCUACAACACAAAAGUCAGAAUACCCGAGGAGACACUUCAUGGUGUAAUGGUGAUAAUCAAAGCAAUCCUUUGCGAUCUCUUGUGUGCGAUGGUAAAUCUUCCGAAAAAUGAUGGCUGCCCCAAGCUAGGACAACAAAUGUUCUUAAGUGGAAGUGUUAAUGAAAAGCUCAAAGUCUUUCCUCCAAAUGAGUUUGAGUUUAUUUUCCCUCUGGAACCUCCUAAUGGUCUCCACUUUUAUACUCAUCUCUGUCAUGAGGAUAAGGACUUUAAUGCAGAUGCACUUGGAUUUGGCAUUGUGAAGGUUAUUUCUGAUGAUGGUCAUCGCAUUCCAGAAACAACCAAGAACUUUACAGACAUUAUACAUGGUGUAAACAUGAUUAAUUUUCAGAAAUUUAAGAAAUGGUUCCAGCAUCUCGUUGAUGAAGCAAAAGUGCAGAUUGUAAAAAAAUGGUCAGCAUCCUAUAAACUAACUUUCUUACACAACAAUGCUUCCACCUGCCUUACCAUCAAAAACAGAUACGAUCAACUGAUAUCAGUAGACAUCGUGCCAGCCAUUAAGGUCAUGAAUUGUGCCACUCACAGCCUUUACCACGAAGUGCCAGCAGCAGCACUUACCAUGCUGUCUAAAGAGACCCCACAGGUCUACUUAGUGGCCAAGGAAUGCAAGUACAAAGCACAUCAGAUAACAGGAAAUCAUAUUUGGAGGCUGUCGUUUUCAUCAUACGAGGCAGCCUUUCUUCAACACAUCGAUAGCAAUCUCCCUUGUGGCUCCAAGUACAGAGAAUGUCUAACGACUGUCAAGUUAAUUGUAAACCUCGAUAGCACGAUCCAAGCUAACUCGCCUUUGACUUCCAAUUUCCACUCCUACUUCAUGAAAACCACCCUCUUUCAUAUGCUUCUUGAGGACCUCCAGGUCCUAGCAAAGGGAGGUGCUGCAAAUCAUUGGGUAGAGGAAGACUUGGAAUCACUGAUCCACCGCUUUUUGAGGCGCCUCCUAAAGGACUUGGAGAAGAAAGAGCUGAAGCACUUCUUCAUUGGAAACGUUUAUCUCGACAACCUGUUCCCAGUGCUCAAACGCUACAACCAGUGCCCUGGUGGCCUCUUUAACCUUUAUUCCGAGAAGCUUGUCCAAGUAAACAUGCUCCAGAAGAUCAAGGCCAGGCUGGAUAGGAUCAACAAAAACCUUCUACAGGUUAUCAUGGAAAACAUGCCCCAGCUGGAAGUGGAACAAAGGAUGUGAGACCUCCAAGUUGCAGCCAUGGAAUUCUGAGGACCGUACUAACGCCUUAGAGAAAUAUGCAGCUUCAUUGUCAGAGGUAACACGUAAAAAAACUGUUGCUGUGAGAUCCAGAAUAUUUAGAAAAACAUUAUUUUUGAGCUACAGGCUUUUAAUAUCUGAUUUUCUUCAUCUAUCAUAAUCCACAGGCACUUGCAUUGCCACCUAAUCGAUUACUGCAUUGCUGUUGUUUGUUCCACAUGACACACACCUUUUUAACUUCUUUAUUCACACCCACAUGCUCCAGCUCUUUCAUCCAUUCCACUCAACGUCUCCAUUGUCCAGUCGUCGUUCAAUGGCUCUAUUGCCUAAAGUUUUAUUCUGAUCACUAAUAUUACUAAAAACUAUAAUUUAUUUUUAAGUUAGGCCACAUACAUAUCUUGCCAAAUUUGUGUUGCUAAUAUCUACCACCACUUGGCAUGGCCAAGCAAAUUAAAUUGUCAGGUGGUGUACAUGCUUUAACGUGCAGAUUAUUGUUUCAGCUUACUGGUGAGUUGAAGAACAAUUCUCAACCAAGGUUUAGUAAUUGAAUACGAUAUUUCCCUUAAAAUUACGUCAAUAAUGGUAAUCAGGAAUUCAGAAUAAAUUUCAGUAAGUCAUAAUUCUGAAUUCCUGUAUAUACAGGAACUUGGAGGGUCACCUAAUAUAUAACUGCACUGUCGAAAGGGUCAAAUUUUAUUUCUACAUUUAGUUAUGAGAAUUGAGCUAACACUUAGGAGUGAGUUGAAAAAUAAUAAUUGAAGAGUGAUACGCUUGUACACGUGACAAAUUGUUUGACUGUUUGGUGGAGGCUCCUCAAGACACAACGUUGGCCAGAUCAUUACAUGGCAUACCCCAAAAAUUAAUUAUGAAACGUAACAUUAGCUACAGAAUCUACAUAUUUCAUUAAUAAGAGUCUUCAGUUGUUUUUUCACUCAUUUUCACUUGAUUAAGCCAGAGAGUGGCUUUCACAUCCCUGCUACACCAUCAGUGGGCCUUGCUGAACAGGUUCCGGACAGGCAACCUCCAUCGUUGGGGUCUUCAUGACAACCCGCAGCUGUGACACUACAAGCAAUUUCGCAUAUUGUUGAUCACUGUCCACUGAGGUUUAGGAAACCUACAUAUGACCGAGGAUGCUGUCACAUGGCUUAACAAGUACGCACUCACUGAACAUCCCUUGUAGAUGCGCCACAAGUCCAGGGGUGCAGUGUGAUGCUAAUUGUCUGGCACUGCUAAGAUGGUCUUUAGAAGACUUUGAAAUGUUUGGGCCCAUUGUGGACAGAAUGGUGUUUAUCUAUGGUUGGGGGUGCCUUGGAUGCAUAGCUUCGAGUGAAUUUCCUUGUAUUAGGUUUUCUGUGGAUGUGACCAGAGCUAGUAACGUCUUGCAUUUUGCUAUCAAAGGGUAAUAUCCAAGCCACUUAACAACUUUAUUGGCAAUCAGCUUUCUCACUCGAACUUUAAUUUCUCGUGAGGGAGAAUCAUCAAUGUGGACGGCUGUUUGUUGGGCAGCUCUGCAGUCACGUGCAGUCAGAGUGGCACACAAACCAAAACGGUGUCAAGACACCCAGAGCCACACACCAGUCGGUUCGGCCCGACCCAAGACAAUCUGGAUAGUUUGUGCCCAUGUACACAUCCGUGUGAUGAGAGGUGUCAGGCAGUUUGAUCCCAGGCGAGCAAGUAACCUAAGAGGCCAUAAUAUAUGUUUAUAGUAUCCCAUUAUUACUUGCGUACUUGUGCUGCUCUUGAUGGUCUCUGCUUUAUUUAAUAUUUCACUGAAAUUCAUAGUUUAACUUAUUUUGAUCCGUGCUGUUAACUUAGCUGUUUACACCAUGUCACUAAAUCCAUGAGCUCUUUCGAGCCAGGUGUGUUCCGCCUUGUUUUACACGAUCCCUGGUCUCAAUGCAUAAUUUGUCACAACCCUAUUCCUGAACUACGAUUUUCACACCGUGUCACCCAAAUCCAAAAUGUUUAUACUUUUAAAUCUGUACCUCUCAACUAGCAUUACCCUUUCUGGUCAUCCGCUUGCUUUGUUGUUAUUUGCACACCAACUGUACUCACGGGAAAUCCUUGAUAGAAACAGCUUAAACAUUAUCUGGUCCACAAAAUUAUAAGGAAUGCAAAGGUAAACUUGCAUGAUACUUUGUUCGAGGGCAUUUGUUGUAUAUAUUCCUUUUAAAAAAAAAUAUAUUAAGAAUGAUUCUG